CGCCGGCUGUUUGGGAACGGAAGGGGCAGCGCGGUGGAGGACGCGCUAUAAUUAGCGCGGGGCAGGAAAUAUGCUUUUCCCGCUCCAUUAAAUGCUGAUAUUAGGGGGGAAAGAAAAUUUAAAAGAAUCUUUCCUCUUGGCUGAAACUAACAGGAGGGACAAAACGAGCCUCUUCUCUCCUGGGAGCACCGCCACAACAGGAGCAACACAAAGCCGGGCAGUACCAGCGACGGGGAGCCUAGCCGGUUUGGCCGGAGAGAAGGGACGGGGCUCACGGGGAAGACCCGGAGCCCCCCGCCGAUGCUUGCGAACCGGGCAGUCUCUGCCUGCGGGUGCGCAGCAGCCGCCAGGCAAAAAUCCCUUUCAUGACCAAGGAAGGAGGCAACAUUUUUACAGUCCUGUGAAGCGCCUGUUACUAGAAAUGAUUUUCACUUUGUUCCUGAAAAGUAUGCCAAGUUUACUGAUGCUGCCAGAAAAAACAAGCCUUUUAUGCUUGAGGAGGCUGGAGAUGUUUUUCUGCCAGUUGCAAGUCCUACGCCUCAAAGUGUUUGCUGGUGAUGUUACAAAUAGAUGCAGGUGUGGCAGGAGGGAGCAUGAGCUUUCCAGUGGAACAUGUGACAGCAGGGACCUGUUCCAGUUUGAAGUUCGUGAAACGAUGGGAAGCUGUCCUGCAGCCUGUGAGAAGGGUGCUUUCCUAGCAUCAAAGCGAGGACAUGGAACAAUAAUCAAGUGGAUGAAAUCUGAAUUCCAAGCUUUCAAGUGAAGAGAAACAAAGACAGUUGUUUGAGACCUAAGAAACCAGGAAGAGAGCUUCAGAUUACGCAGCGUGGAGCAGAUGUCUAUACGUAUCUACUUACCCUAGGGGCUACAGCUGAUGACCCUACCCCUAAAACCAGCAUUCUUGUAGUCAUUACUGCAGAUCUCAAUCCUACAAUUCACUACCUGAAUCAUCAGCUUCAAUUCUACUAAGACAAAAGUAUCCACACUAUUCCCAGUCAGAAUUCAUAGCAACCAUCAUCAUUGCUAAAAAUCUUUUAGAGGACAUGUACCUUUGAGAAGAAUAUCACUUCCUAAUUUUUCAUGCAACAGGUUUCCCAUGCAGCAGCACAAAUAUACCUGGACUUUGUCUGAACAAGCAUCAGUGGAAAUGACUACUCUAAGCUAAUUUUGCUCUUCCACAAACAAAACUGCAGGGGAACUGGGGUCAUCAACAUGUUUAUAAUGAGUCCUGAAUGACUUUUCAUUAUAUUGAAACUGGAUUACAUUACAUUAACUUCACAAUCAUUACUAUCAUUAAUUUUUACUUCAGCUAAAAUCAUUACAUAUAUCCCAUAUUGGCAAUAGAUGUGUUUGAUACUAUAAUAUGAUGACUUCACAACAGAGAGUUGCCCUGGAAUAAACAUUACAUGAAAAGGCCACACA